AGAUACGGCCGGUAGCGGGUGUAAUCAUAUAGCACAUUCUUAAAUCGAGCCCCUGAUAUGGUUAUCGAAAUUAGCACUGUAAAGUACUUCACUUGUUCUACCGCACAGCUUUCGUCGUCUCCCAAAACAAAACACAUAAGUUGAGUUCCCUGGACAUAAAAUACUCAAACCGUGAAUGUAAGGUGUAAAAUUACGUUGAUUCCUCCUCUUAACUUAAUUUUUUUAUCAAAGCAAAACGAAAAAGAAAAAAUAUUUUCAUUCGACAACUUGUGGCUACCUGUGUCUACGCUUGCUUAACUAAGCUAUAGAGCUAUCCUAUUGUUUAUUACUGUUAUAUUAUUAAACAGAAAAGCUACUCCGUGCUUGAAUGAAAAUAUUAGUCGAAAAAUAUAAUAAUUGAUAAACAAAAAUCAAGUAUCAAGUGCCGGCUUGUGUUGGUUCGAACAACACGUCGCGUUGUUGUCGUCCGUCGUCCACCGCGUCGUCAUCGUAUUAGACAGUCAUUUAUAAACUCUAUAAACAGACCUAUCAGCCCCUGAAGUUAAGAAUAAAAUAUUGAAACGGAUGAAUAAAGAUAUCAAGAUUAGUUGUGGUCACAUUAAGAUUGUUUGUGCGAUUUAGAAACAUCAUCGAGAAGUAAUUCAACAUGUAUGAGGUUAUGGAUUUGGUCUUGAGCAAUAAGGAAAAGUGCAAGAAUGUCGUAGAUUUACUACAGGGUCUUGUUUUAACUGAUGAAACCAUAAAACAAAUCCAAAAUGUCUUUAUUAGUGAAAUGAAUUUGGCACUUAAUGACCAACCAUCAUCACUUCAAAUGGAAAACACAUACAUUCCUGAAUUACCAGACGGAAAAGAACAAGGUGUGUUCCUAGCCUUAGACUUGGGUGGUACUAAUUUUCGAGUAAUUCUAAUGGUUCUCCAAAUGGGACACAUUAUUGAAGAAACCGUUCAACACUAUCACAUAACGGAUGAAUCAAGAACGGGCUGUGGCGAUGCCCUUUUUGACUACCUCGCGCAAUGUGUCGAUGACUUCGCCAAACAGAAUGGACUCUCUGAUGAUCGCACCUACUGCAUGGGCUUUACAUUUUCCUUUCCAAUGCACCAGCAUAGUCUGAACUCAGGCAGCUUAGUGACCUGGACGAAAUCCUUCAACUGCACGUCAGUAGUCGGGAUGGAUGUCGUUGAGAAACUUCGAAAAUCCCUUAUUAAAUGUAAUCGACACAACAUCGAAAUCCUGGCAAUUUUAAACGACACAACUGGAACUUUAGUGCAGGGUGCUCGUAUUGAUACAAAAACUCGAAUUGGUAUAGUUCUGGGCACCGGUUCGAAUGCCUGCUAUAUGGAGCUAGCCAAAAACGUCAAACAUUGGGAAACUCGAUGCCAUGGUGACCAUGUGAUUAUCGAUGUGGAAUGGGGAGCUUUUGGUGAUAAUGGAGUUCUGGAUUUUAUUAAAACUGAUUUCGACCGAGCCGUUGACGAGGGUUCGCUGCUCAGAAAUUCAUUCACAUUUGAAAAGUACAUUAGCGGAAAGUACCUGGGCGAAUUAUGUCGAGUAAUACUCGAAGUACUACACAAGCAGAAGCUAUUCUUCCCAGCUGUUCCAAAAGAAAAAUUCCCAAAACCUUGGACUUUUGGAUCAGUAAAUGUUUCUAAAAUUGAACAGGACACAUUGAACUUCAAAAAUGACAAUCUACUAGAAAUAUUCUCGAAAUUGAAUUUGAAAUUCCAUACAGAUUAUAAUGACGAUGACAUUCAAAUAAUUCGAUAUGUUUGUGGUUUGAUUUCAAAGAGAGCAGCUCAACUUUUAGCCAUAAACACGUCGAUUUUACUUAAUCGUAUGGAAGAAAAGGAAAUCACUGUAGCCAUAGAUGGAUCAGUUUAUAAGCACCAUCCUCGCUUGAGGCACUGGAUCUCUGAAUACACGAAGCAAAUGGCUCCCACCAAAACGAGCAAAUUUAUGCUAGCUGAAGAUGGCAGUGGUAAAGGUGCUGCCUUGGUUGCUGCUAUUGCUAUGAAAAUUUCAAUUCGGGAGCAUGGUCAAAAACAAAUAAUCAAAUAAAGUCUUAAGAUGAAAAAUUAAGUAUGCAAUUUUAAUUGUUUUGUUUACAUUCCUACACUUUAUGUACAAAAUAAAUACAUUUUUGUUUAAAAAAUUGAUUUACUAAACAAAAUAUACCUACAAUCGCUUUUAUUAUGAGUUUCAAAGAUUUUAUAAACAUCAUUGUAUAUAAAUAGAUAAUAAACUGAUUAAAAUACUUGAUUAGA